AUGGCGACAUCACCGCAUCAUCCGGGUCAGCGCCGCGCGCAAACAUACGACAACUAUUCAGCUGGGGGACCUAGUACGGGGUACUCCAAUGCGGGUCAGGACGGCGGGGACGGAGGAGCAUAUCAUGGUCGGAGCCAGAGUCUACGUGCUGAUACCCCAGCACCACCACAACAAUCAAACGCAGAUCCCCCUUUACCGUCCUAUGACGCCUUGAUGGCCGCCGAGCAUAAUCAGGUCUCUCACUCGCCUCAACCUAUCGAGACGCACUAUGCCGGCGGCCAUUCCAGGGGUCCCAGCCUCGAUACACCGUACGCGCCGGUAGACUAUGCCAACCCCCGCUCGUCGUACGACCACCAUCCCCAGAACCCCAAUCGUCUUUCCGCAGGCAGCAGCCAUCGCCAUCGUCCCGUCUCGGACCCGAACGACCUGCAGUUCUCGCAGCUGUCGUUGACGAAUACGACGCCGCCGGGGGGUAUUCAAAGGCACCCCACAGCGCCAAGUCAUCCGACGUACGGACAGCACGAGGUGUACCCUGCUCGCCGGACUACCGGGGGGUAUGACGGCUCAGCCAGCGUGUAUAGCUUGGACACGGGCGUCGGGGUGUACAACCAGGCGAAUGCGUACGGAGGGGGACAGGGGUAUAAUGGCGGGAUGCCCCAGGCGCAACCGGACUUUACAAACCCGUACUAUUCCGCGGCGAAUGAGUUCCUGGGCCCACCGCCUGGGGCCUAUGCGUCGGGUCCGGGACACAAUCCGCCUCUCGCGAGAACAAACACGACCGCUUCGGCCAUGUCUGCCAUGUCGGGCAUGUCGGGAACCGGAACGGCCAUGUCGAGCAUGUCGUCGGUCAACCUCUCGCGGAAACCUACGGAAUCGGUCGGCGCCUUGUCUACCCGGCGGCGAGGUAUGAACGCCGCCAUCGACGUCAAUCGGCCUCCAUAUACCAAGCAAUACGUCGACGACUAUCGGAAACGGAUGAAGGACGAUCCGGAUCCGGAAGCGCAAUUCAACUUUGCAAAGUAUAUGAUUGAGGCGGCCAAGAAGUUGGGGGAUGAGAUUGCGCAGACGGACCCAAAGUUGGGGAGGCGGUAUAGGGAUUCGCUCCUCCAAGAGAGUUUGCGCCUCAUCAAAAAGCUCGCAGAGGGGAAGGAGCCGCACGCCGACGCCCAAUUCUUCCUGGCCAACCUAUACGGAACGGGUCAACUCGGGCUCCAGGUCGACCAUGAGAAGGCAUACUACCUGUACCUCAUGGCCAGCAAGCUCAACCAUCCGGCAGCGACGUAUCGCUCGGCGGUAUGCAACGAGAUUGGGGCGGGGACGAAGAAGGACUUUCAGCGCGCGGUGCUUUUCUAUCGAAAAGCAGCAGCGCUGGGGGACACCGCGGCCAUGUACAAACUCGGAAUGAUCCUCCUCGGCGGACUGCUCUCGCAACCGCGAAACAUCCGCGAGUCGGUCAUAUGGCUCCGGCGGGCCGCGUCACAGGCGGACGAGGACAAUCCGCAUGCCCUGCACGAGCUCGCGUUGCUGCAUGAGCGCCCAAAUUCGGGGGUCUUGCCGCACGAUCCGAACCUCGCAAGGGAGCUGUAUGUCCAGGCGGCGCAACUGGGCUAUGCUCCGGCCCAGUUCAAGCUGGGAAGCUGCCACGAGUUUGGGCACUUGGGGUGUGUCAUUGAUCCGAGGAAGAGUAUCGCGUGGUAUACCCGGGCGGCGGAGAAGGGGGAUAGCGAGGCGGAGUUGGCGUUGAGCGGGUGGUAUCUGACGGGCACAGAGGGCGUAUUGAAGCAGAGCGAUCAGGAGGCAUAUCUAUGGGGACGGAAAGCUGCAAAUAAGGGUUUGGCAAAGGCGGAGUAUGCUGUGGGGUACUACUGUGAUGUCGGAAUAGGCAGGCCUGCCGACCCAGAACUCGCCAAGCGAUGGUAUCAGCGCGCAGCAGCGCAAAAUCACAGUGGUGCAAAACAACGCUUGACGGAACUGAGCAGCUCCAAGGGAUCUAAAGGGAAGAGAGCACCGGGUCGGCCUACACGUAGCGAAGCGAGUAGCGAGUGUGUCGUCAUGUGA